UGUGACAGAAUUUAUCCUCCUGGGAUUUCCCACCCAUGGGGCCAUGGCCUUCUUACACCCGCUGCUCUUCUCUUUGAUUUACAUGUACGCCCUUCUGGGGAACGGGCUCAUCAUCCUCAUCACGACCCUGGACCAGCACCUCCACACCCCCAUGUACUUCUUCCUGAGGAAUCUGUCCUUCUUGGACCUCUGCCUCAUCUCAGCCACAGUCCCCAAGUCCAUUGCCAACUCUCUGAGGCACAGCAGCUCCAUCUCCUUCCCGGGCUGUGUCGUCCAGGUCUUUUUGAUAGUAUUUUCAGUAGGAGCAGAGCUGACCCUGCUCACGGUGAUGAGCCUUGACCGCUAUGCUGCCAUCUGCCACCCUCUGCACUAUGAUGUCAUCAUGAGCAGAGUCAGGUGUGCGCAGCUGACAGCUGUGUCCUGGCUGGGUGGGGGUCUCAUUGGUUUGAUGAACACAGCUGGAACCUUCUCCUUGUCCUUCUGUGGGUCCAACGUGGUCCACCAGUUCUUCUGUGAUGUCCCCCAACUACUGGCUAUUUCUUGCUCAGGAAAUUUAUUGAGUGAACUUGUCCCCAUUCUCAUUAGUGUAGUGUUGAGUAUCUGCUAUUUCAUUUUCAUCGUCAUUUCCUAUGUCCACAUCUUCUCUGCUGUCAGGAAGAUCCCAUCCACAGAAGUCUGAGGAAUAAAGCCUUGAAGACGGC